UGGGCGCACAUGAAAAACGUCACAAGCUUCAAGAUAUGUGCUGACGCUGACUAACAACCUUUUAGGUCCAACAUAUUAAUGAAAUAACAUUCUUUCUAUCCAUAUUGUUAUAACCACAGUGUGCCAGAAUGAGUACUAUGUUCGCAGACACAAUCCUGAUUGUGUUCAUUUCGGUGUGUACGGCGCUGUUAGCCGAGGGUAUAACAUGGGUAUUGGUGUACCGAACAGACAAGUACAAACGAUUGAAGGCGGAGGUUGAAAAGCAGAGCAAGAAAUUGGAAAAGAAGAAGGAAACCAUUACUGAGUCUGCUGGGCGGCAGCAAAAGAAGAAAAUAGAGAGACAAGAGGAGAAGCUGAAGAACAACAACCGAGAUCUUUCCAUGGUGCGGAUGAAGUCUAUGUUUGCCAUCGGUUUCUGUUUCACAGCUUUGAUGGGAAUGUUCAACUCCAUCUUUGACGGCCGAGUUGUUGCCAAACUUCCCUUUGUGCCGCUGUCCUACAUCCAAGGUCUGUCCCACCGUAACCUGCUGGGAGAAGACUACACAGACUGUUCCUUCAUCUUCCUCUACAUCCUGUGCACAAUGUCCAUUAGACAGAACAUCCAGAAGAUGCUGGGUCUUGCUCCAUCCCGUGCUGCCACCAAGCAGGCCGGAGGAUUCCUGGGGCCCCCACCACAGGCUGCCAAGUUCUCCUGAGAGGCUUGUUGAGGACGGAGCCCGCGGGAUAGACGCCAGCAAGCGAGGCCUCUUGUUCGGCUGACCCUCACCUGUCCUGAGGUCAAGACGGAGCUCUACUGAUCUGCUUUAACUCACUGUCUUAAAGCUGUAGACCACCUUCAGAGAGUCGAGGGGCUGUGAACCCAAUGCGUGUUCAGAAAGGGCAGCUAUUUCCACCUGCAUACACACCUAUGGACUUUUUCUUCCCACCUCUGACUCCUGACUGAUUAGGUUUUAUUUAACAUAGACAUUUGUGUGAAUAAUUUAUACAAACAUAUUUUAAAUCUUAAGUAUCAAAUAGUUGCUCUUUUUUUUAAAUCCUUUGGUAUUUGCAAACCUUGUGUAGUGGAGUGUGCUGUCACUGUCCAUAUGUGUAUAACCUUUUAUGCGCAAGGUUUGCUCCACCACUGUGAGAACUGUUGUCAUGUGAUUGUUUACAGAAAUGAAAUAAAGGCCACUUGACAUCA